ACCGUUACUUAAAACUUGACAACUGAAGAAACUGCGUCUUCUUCUUCGUUCUUCUUCUGCUUCUCUCUCUCUCUCUCUCUCUCUCUCUUGUUCUGAGCUUCUAAUUCGGAUGGAAGCUCUAGCUAUUUCAACCGUCUUAGCUCGUCCUACUCCCUCUUCCAAUGGAAGCUUCUUCUCCGGUUCCAGAUCUAGGUCUCAGCUGCGCCUCCGCCGUGGGACGCUUAGAUGCACUGCUCAAUCUCUUCCUCUAGUGGACAAUGCAGCGACAUUCAUAGAGGCUUCGAAGUUGGGGAACGUGAUACCACUUUACCGAUGCAUAUUUUCUGAUCAUCUGACGCCGGUUCUUGCGUACCGGUGCUUGGUGAAGGAAGACGAGAGGGAUGCUCCAAGCUUUCUCUUUGAGUCUGUGGAGCCUGGCCUCAGUGUUUCAAACAUUGGGAGGUACAGUGUGGUGGGAGCUCAGCCAUGUAUGGAGAUUGUGGCCAAAGAGAACAUGGUUACAAUCAUGGACCACCAGGAAGGAAGCCGGACAGAGGAAAUCGUCAAGGACCCUAUGGUCAUUCCUCGCCGAAUCAUGGAGAAGUGGACACCCCAACUCAUCGAUGAACUUCCAGAAGCAUUUUGUGGUGGUUGGGUGGGUUAUUUCUCUUAUGAUACAAUGCGCUAUGUAGAAAAGAAGAAACUACCCUUUUCUUCUGCCCCGAUGGAUGACAGAGGCCUCCCUGAUGUUCAUCUGGGCCUUUAUGAUAAUGUUAUUGUGUUUGAUCAUGUUGAGAAGAAAGCAUACGUGAUUCAUUGGGUUCGGUUGGACCGAUAUUCUUCUGCUGAGGAAGCCCUCAAUGGUGGAAUGGAGCGACUGGAAACUCUAGUAUCUAGGGUGCAUGACAUAAUUACCCCAAGGCUGCCUGCAGGUUCAAUAAAGCUACACACUCGUCUCUUUGGUCCCAAACUGGAGAUGUCAAACAUGACAAGCGAGGAAUACAAGCAAGCAGUUUUGCAGGCUAAAGAGCACAUACUGGCUGGUGAUAUUUUUCAAAUUGUACUGAGUCAACGAUUUGAACGGCGAACCUUUGCCGACCCAUUUGAAGUCUACAGAGCACUGAGGAUUGUUAAUCCUAGUCCAUAUAUGACUUAUUUACAGGCCAGAGGAAGUAUUUUGGUAGCUUCAAGUCCAGAAAUUCUUACACGAGUAAAGAAGAAAAAAGUUACCAAUCGUCCCCUUGCUGGGACUGUUAGAAGGGGGAAAACACCAAAAGAAGAUAUGAUGUUGGAGAAGGAACUUCUGAAUGAUGAAAAGCAAUGUGCAGAGCACGUAAUGCUAGUUGAUUUGGGGAGAAAUGAUGUUGGAAAGGUCUCAAAACCUGGUUCAGUUCAAGUUGAAAAGCUCAUGAAUAUUGAGCGUUAUUCCCAUGUCAUGCACAUUAGCUCAACGGUCACUGGGGAGUUGCUAGAUGAUUUAACAUGCUGGGAUGCAUUGCGUGCCGCUCUACCUGUUGGUACAGUUAGCGGAGCACCAAAGGUGAAAGCCAUGGAGUUGAUUGAUCAGUUGGAAGUAAGAAGACGAGGGCCAUAUAGCGGGGGGUUUGGAGGCAUAUCUUUUGCCGGUGAUAUGGAUAUUGCCCUUGCUCUAAGGACCAUAGUUUUCCCUACCAACACCCGUUUUGACACAAUGUACUCGUACAAGGAUGUCAACAAACGCAGAGAAUGGAUUGCCCAUCUUCAGGCAGGAGCAGGAAUUGUGGCCGACAGCGAUCCGGCGGAUGAGCAAAGGGAGUGCGAGAACAAAGCUGCUGCCCUUGCCCGUGCCAUUGAUCUUGCAGAAUCUUCUUUUGUAGACAAAGAAUAGUUUUAUCCAGGAAUUGACAAUGUGGGAGCAAACGAUGGGAUUCCAUCAUUGAAGAAUCGUAUUUUGUUAUCUUGUCUUGGAAUGUAGACGAAAGUGGAAAAAUGUAAGUCUUAAGGUAUUUGAGAGUA